GCAACCAUGUAAACAAUUUAAAAGACAACAAAAGUAAUUUUAUAAGUAUACAAAAAAGUUAUUAUUAUUAUCCAAAAUAUUUGAGGGCAAUCUAAUUUGUGAACUUAUCGAUACUCGAUAAAAAAAAGAGUUCGUCUGACAAUCGGAUCAUACCGGGGAAACUGUAAACAUGGUUGGCGUGUCUCGGAUAUUAAGGUUUGCCACCCAUUACCUUAAAGAGGUAGCAUGCUCCUCAAGCAAACUUCAGCCCAAGUCCAACUACAGAAUCAUCUAUGGCAACUUAAACAGACUGCCAAAGCAGGUUCGAUUCUACGUUGAGGAAAAUGCCAAAGUGUGUCAACCGGAGGCAAUCCACAUCUGCGAUGGGUCAGAAAAGGAGAAAGAUCUCUUGCUUUACAUUUUGCAGAAGGAAGGAACUAUCAAACCUUUAGCUAAAUAUGAGAACUGCUGGUUGGCAAACACAGACCCAGCGGAUGUUGCUAGAGUGGAGAGUAGGACCUUCAUUUCUACAGAGGAGAGACACGACACAAUCACACGGACAAAAGGAGGUGUGAAGAGCAUGCUUGCCAACUGGAUGUCCCCACAAGACACGGAGGAGGCUUUGCACGCUAGGUUUCCUGGCUGCAUGAUGGGCCGCACGAUGUAUGUCAUCCCUUUCAGCAUGGGGCCAGUGGGAUCCCCCCUGUCCAAGAUCGGUAUUGAGCUUACAGACUCCGCAUACGUGGUUGCCAGCAUGGGCAUUAUGACGCGCAUCGGACAGAAAGUGCUGGACACCCUAAAGGAAGGCGAGUUUGUGAAGUGCCUGCACUCUGUUGGCAAGCCAGUGACAAGUACAGGUGUUGCUGAUGGUAUCAAAGAGUCCUGGCCGUGCAAUCCCAAGGAUGUAAUGAUUGCACACUUACCUGAGAGAAACGAGAUUUGCUCUUUCGGCAGUGGCUAUGGUGGAAACUCGUUGCUAGGAAAGAAAUGCUUUGCUCUCAGACUCGGUUCCAUCCUUGCCCGGAGAGAAGGCUGGUUAGCAGAACACAUGCUGAUUAUGGGAGUUGAAAACCCCAAGGGUGAGAAGAAAUACUUUGCAGCUGCUUUCCCGAGUGCUUGUGGCAAGACUAACCUGGCCAUGAUGGAACCAACAUUGCCUGGAUACAAAGUCACUUGUGUGGGGGACGACAUUGCCUGGAUGAGGUUUGACAAGAAUGGACAACUGCGAGCAAUCAACCCGGAGGCGGGAUUCUUUGGGGUGGCCCCUGGAACUUCCAUGAAGACCAAUCCUAAUGCCAUGAGGACAGUAAUGAAAAACACGAUCUUUACAAAUGUUGCUGAGACAAGCGAUGGAGGGGUGUACUGGGAGGGGAUGGAGGAUGAACUUCCGGACAACGCAACGAUCACAUCAUGGCUUGGAGAGGAAGAAUGGAGCAAGUCCACAGAGAAACCAGCUGCUCAUCCGAACUCUAGAUUCUGCACCCCAGCAGGUCAGUGUCCCAUCAUUGAUGAGCAGUGGGAGAGUCCUGAGGGAGUCCCAAUAGAGGGCAUUAUAUUUGGUGGGCGUCGCCCAGAAGGCGUGCCCCUUGUGUAUGAGGCCUUUGACUGGAACCAUGGUGUAUUUGUUGGUGCUGCUCUGAAAUCUGAAGCCACUGCUGCUGCAGAACACAAAGCCAAGGUUGUCAUGCAUGAUCCAUUCGCAAUGCGGCCUUUCUUUGGCUACAACUUUGGCCACUACUUGGACCACUGGCUUAGCUUCCAGGACAACAAUAAGCUAAAGCUGCCAAAGGUGUUCCACGUCAACUGGUUCCGCAAGGGUCCCAAAGGGUUCCUGUGGCCCGGCUUUGGCGAGAACUCCCGUGUCUUGGACUGGAUGUUCCGUCGUGUGAAUGGCGAAGACUGUGCCAUCAAGUCUGCAGUUGGACUCAUCCCCGUGCCAGGGUCCAUAGAUCUGUCCGGCCUUAAGGAAGAGGUGGAUAUGGACGAGUUGUUUCGACUGCCGAAGGAUUUCUGGCAGUCAGAAGUCAGAGAACUGAAAAACUACUUUGAGGAACAGGUCGGUGAAGACCUGCCUGUCAAUAUCCAGCGGGAGCUUCAAAAGUUGGAACAGAGAGUGCAGUCUGAGUUGUAACUUCUUCUAGAACAGUAGUACUAUCUGGUCUUAAUUGGCAUAGUCAAGUGAAAUAAUUGGGGGUACUAAGGGUAGGUGACUUUUUUCCGAGGGUUUUUUCUCACUCUGACAUGGGAUUCACAUUAAUAUACAUAUGUUGCAAUAUGCUUUUUCUAGAGCUUUUAUAUUCAUAUUCAGCCUAUGUUUGGCACUUGAAAGGUGGGAUGUUCAAAGUGAACUUACAGGUGCUGAUAUAAUUUUGUUGAUUGACCCACAUUCACCAGAUUGAUUUUCAUAGAUUUGUUAUAUGAAUGAUGGGAUAAGACGGAGUAUCAAUUAUAUGUGACCAACAUAUCACAUUGCUCAACAUUGUUCUUUGUCUAAAAUUUCAGACCAUAUUUAUUUUGGUGAUAUAUCAUGUAUGGUUGAGUUUUAUCUGGACAUUUUCAUGAACAAUGAGAGGAUGUAGCCAUAAUGGCUUUAAAUGGCAUGUGUGUCUAAGAUAUUGUACGUCGAUCAAUAGAAUCUCAAAAAGACUUGUGUACUUAUGCACUUGUCUUCAUAGUUCAUAAUAUUAUGUUUUGUGAUAACUAUGAAACCAUUUUUGAAAAUCUCUUGCUGUCCUCUCUCUGCAUUUAAGAGUUAUUUUUUUCUUGUGUGUCUGUUGUCUAUUAUACGCCGUGAUGAGUGAAUUUGUUUAAGCACACCUGUGAUGGAUUUUACCAUUUGUGAAGCGGACUUAAAGCAAGCCUUUUGCCUGCAAGAAUUCAUUCAAAAUGUUAUCAUAAUUAAAAUCAGUUUUGAUCUAUUUGAUUUUUUGAAAUUUGACAUUAUUUGCAUAAUGGUUUAAGAAUACUUUGUUUUUACAAUGGUAAAAAUAUAUAAUUUUUUGUAUAAAUUUAAUUGUUCGAUUUUGAUGAUCUCAUAUUUUUUUAUAUGGAUGUAUUAGUUGUUAAAUAUGUAAAUAAUGUGCACUGUAAUGAAAUAUAGACGUUUAUAUAUUAUAUGUUAGUAUCACUAUACAUAAUCUCAAUGUUUCAUGUAUGAAUCAGCAAUACGCUGGCUCUAAACAUUUAAAUGAUGUUGUGUUAGUUAUAAUACUGACUGGAUGUUAAGUGUGUUAGGGUUUUAAUUCUAUAUAAUGUAAAUGUUUGAAGCUGAUAAGUGUAUUGACAUUAUCAAUUCCUUAUAGAUUUUACAUGUGACAUUCAUUUAUAUGUAAUAUAUUUUUGUAUUUAUCUCAAUAUUGUUGUUUAAAAAUAUGUCUGGUCAAUAAUAUUUGAAAAACACAA